ACUAUAGUGAAUCUUUCACUGCAGCACAGUUAUCUCUUAAUUAGCAAGAAGUACGGUUGUCAAGUAUCCUUUAAUUAAAGACUUACUUUGAACAGAAUUGUUGAAAUCAUUUUUUCUUCUUCUGGUGCUCACUGUAUAUUUUCCCAGUGCUAGACUGGUUAACUAGAACUGAACCACUAGUUCAAUUCUUUAAUGGCAUUCUUAUUAAUACUCUAUCUCAUAUAACCAGGGCAGUGAAAUCAUGUUCAUACUAUGUAUUAAAAACCGUGUACAGAAGCCUGUUGUACUAGAGGACAUUUUUACGACCAUAUAUAUUUAUUACAGAAAUAUUUUGAAAUGAAAAGAGAUUUACUACUCUGACAAUGUUUUGAAAAAAUUCUAGUGUUUUUGUCCAGGAAUUUUAUGUUCACAAUUUAAGAACUAUGAAUUAAACUUGAAAUGCAGAAAUUAUGAAUACCAGGUAAUUUAACAUUAGAUAUGCCUUGAGUUACCUACUUGUACAAGUAAUUAACAGAUGCUAUAAAUAGAGAAGCCAAGCAGGAAUAUCACCUAUUGACCUAGUUUUCAUAAGGCACCUGCUUGUUCAGGUGAGAUUUGUUUAUGUAGACUUGUCAUUCUGUGGCAUAUUCAAAACUGGACAAGCAGUGCAUUCUGGAGUGGAGUAUUUUAAGCAUUCCUAACCAUGAAGUUUGUGUUGUCCCUUCAUUUGUCUAAAGUCAUGGAAGAGAGAGUUGAGGAGGAAGAGGAUGAACCCACAGAUGAUGGUGCUAUAAUAUCUCCAGAUGCACUAAUUAAACACCCUCUACAAAACAAAUGGGCAUUGUGGUUUUUCAAAAAUGACCGCACCAAAGAGUGGACAGCAAAUCUUAAACUCAUUACAGCAUUUGACACAGUGGAAGAUUUCUGGGGGUUAUAUAACCAUGUUCAGAAAGCCAGUAAGCUCCCCUCAGGCUGUGAUUACUCCCUGUUCAAGGAUGGAGUUCAGCCCAUGUGGGAAGAUGAGCGGAAUAAAGAUGGUGGAAGAUGGUUGAUUAAUCUUAACAAAAAUCAAAGACAAACAGAUCUGGAUAACUUUUGGUUAGAAACUUUACUGUGUUUAAUUGGUGAGUCAUUUGAGGAGUACAGUGAAGACAUUUGUGGUGCUGUUGUCAACAUUAGAAACAAGGGAGAUAAGCUCAGUCUCUGGACAAAGGAAGCCAGUAGACCUGAUGCUAUAUUAAAAAUUGGAAAAAAAUUAAAAGAAAGAUUAAGUAUACCACCCAAAAUACAGAUAGGUUUCCAGGCACAUACAGACACCAUGACUAAAACAGGUUCCACAGCAAAGGAUCGCUUCCGUGUUUAACACAGGUUGAAAUUUUAAGUAGUCACAUUAAUCUCACCUCUCCCUGAUGUGUCACAGACUCCCUUUGCUUUCACUGUUAUUGAAGACUGUUUUUAAGUCUGUACUACAGAAAAAGAGACCAACAGAAGGAUAUUUCAGAUUUGCCUUUGAUCUGGGAGACUGGCAUGCAUCGGGUGGAUUCAUGAAUGCCUGUGUUUAUGGAGUGCAGUUGUUAUUAAAUGCCUGAAUAUGCAUUUGCCUCAUGAUAAGUUACACAGUGACACUUUUUUUUGGUAAGGAAUAUGUAAAUGAAAGUGUGAGUUCUCUCAAUGGCGUCAACUUUCAUAUUGAGACAAUUUUAAUAUUUUUCAUUCAGCUCUACACAUGUAUGUAUUUUGGUGCCACAUGUGCAAAAACUUGUUUGCAUUACAUGUAUCUAUUUAUUUAUUUUUAUAUUGUAAACAGAACAGUACAUUAUUCUUCUGUAAAAUGCAGAUUUUUUUUUUCUGACACAUUGUCAUUUACACAUACACUUCAGGUAAGAUUAACAAAAUAAAAAAUGCAAAUUUUAUUUCUUUUGCAUCAUACUGAAUUCUAAAGUUAUCCAUGAUACUAUCUUGCUGUAAUUCAAUAUAUUUUGUGCAUUAGAUUGUUCUGAACAAUACUUAGAUAUAGAUGUAUCCCAUUUACAACUUCUCAAAAGUAUUCUGUAAGGUUUGGAAUUUACUCAUGCAUAUUCAUGAAUUAUAUUUGAUUUGAAUUCAAAUCAUAAAUUUUUGAACAUGCAUAUAUAUAUUGGUACUCUAUUCAGAAUAUUGAAAUGUCAAUGUGUGAAAAUGUACAUUAAAACAUGGACCUUGGUGUAAAUAAAUUGUGAUAUGUUCCAUGUAUAAAGUGAUGUAUUUACGGAUAUACAUGUAUUUACUGAUGUGUUUCGUAGUGAAAUGUGCUUAAUAUUGUCAAGUUAAUGUUAAGUAUGUAUUCCCAAAGCAUGCAUUUUCUCAAGUAAUUGCAUUAUGUAUGACAAUGAUUGCAAGUCAUGAGUUUUGUGUAUUGCGACAGGUGAAAGAAGGGUUUUUGUAGUAUGCUUCAUGAUUGCAAGUCAUGAGUUUUGUGUAUUGUGACAGGUGAAAGAAGGGUUUUGUAGUAUGCUUCAUGGAUGUUCCAAUGUAUUUAAUCUUUUUCUCUUUAUUCUAUUUUUUGAUAUUUUUUUUUGGUUUGUUGUAAAUGCUGAUUCUAAAAUACCUUAUUUUUCUGAUUAUGAACCCUUAGAUUUGUUGGCCAUUUGAAUCAUUCUAUUGUGGUGAAACAUUUGGAAAGUUUGAUGUUUUAUGCUUUCCCUGAUUGAUAAACUCUGUAUCAACAGUGAGUUGAUGAACAUGCACAACCAGGUGUCUGUUUUCUUGGUCUAUUGUUAGUAUGGUACAGUGUUAUUGUUGGCAUGAGUUAAUUGAUGAUAUUGAUACAUAUAAACUAUGAAAAAAUAAAUACAAAGAAAUUUU